CAUAUGACAAAUCGCCAUUUCUGGCAGAUUCCAGUGCCGCCGCGCGCCCCGUGCUUUUUGUGUCCCUUCCUUUCCUUUUUGCUUGGCAGUGGUUCCAUCCGCAGCAGACGCAUAUAAAAACCUCGAGUGCCCCUCCCUUGCCUCCCCUUUUUUCUUUUCUUUCUUCAACCAUCUCUUCUCCUCCUCUCUGUCUUCCCCCUCAUAUCACACAAGCACCUUCUGAACACACACCCAUCCAUCAUGCAGAUCUUCGUCAAGACCCUCACUGGCAAGACCAUCACCCUUGAGGUCGAGUCUUCCGACACUAUUGAUAAUGUCAAGCAGAAGAUCCAGGAUAAGGAAGGUAUUCCCCCAGACCAGCAGCGUCUCAUUUUCGCCGGCAAGCAGCUUGAGGAUGGCCGCACCCUCUCGGACUACAACAUUCAGAAGGAGUCAACCCUCCACUUGGUUCUCCGUCUCCGCGGUGGUAUGCAGAUCUUCGUCAAGACCCUCACCGGCAAGACCAUCACUCUCGAGGUCGAGUCUUCGGACACGAUCGAUAACGUCAAGCAAAAGAUCCAGGACAAGGAAGGUAUUCCCCCAGACCAGCAGCGCCUCAUUUUCGCCGGCAAGCAGCUUGAGGAUGGCCGCACCCUCUCGGACUACAACAUUCAGAAGGAGUCGACCCUCCAUUUGGUUCUCCGUCUCCGCGGUGGUAUGCAGAUCUUCGUCAAGACCCUCACCGGCAAGACCAUCACUCUCGAGGUCGAGUCUUCGGACACGAUCGAUAACGUCAAACAGAAGAUCCAGGACAAGGAGGGUAUCCCCCCAGACCAGCAGCGCCUCAUUUUCGCCGGCAAGCAGCUUGAGGACGGCCGCACCCUCUCGGACUACAACAUUCAGAAGGAGUCGACCCUCCAUUUGGUUCUCCGUCUCCGCGGUGGUAUGCAGAUCUUCGUCAAGACCCUCACCGGCAAGACCAUCACUCUCGAGGUCGAGUCUUCGGACACGAUCGAUAACGUCAAACAGAAGAUCCAGGACAAGGAGGGUAUCCCCCCAGACCAGCAGCGCCUCAUUUUCGCCGGCAAGCAGCUUGAGGACGGCCGCACCCUCUCGGACUACAACAUUCAGAAGGAGUCGACCCUCCAUUUGGUUCUCCGUCUCCGUGGUGGCCAGUAA